UUUGACCAGACGUUCAGUGUACCUUGUGCUUGUGUAUAUACAAUACAUACUUUCAUAAAUUAGAAAUAUACGUGAAAAGAACAUAGGUUCAUCGCUUAAAUUUACCGGCAUCGAGUCAAAAUUCGAUCAAUCGCAUUUCGACGGUCAACAGAAUUGGAGCAACCAGAGCAAAUAUUUCGAAAAUUAGUGGUAUUUUUUUUAAAGAACAAAAUAAUUGUUCAAAAAUCGAAUACACUUAUGUACACGCUUCCGUAUAUAAAUACUCAUUUAUAAAGAUAGAAAUGGAAGUGCACGUUGGUUUUCCGAAACUGCUGCAGAUGGGCGCCAAACUUGUCGGACAUAAGAUGCAACAAUAUCGCUUGGCCACCAGCCACACGGUCAUCGUGGAAACGAAGUACGGCCGAGUCCGCGGCCUCCAACGGAAGACAAUCUACGAUGGGGAACUGUACUACGCCUUCGAGGGGAUUCCCUAUGCCAAACCGCCAGUGGGUGAGCUGCGUUUCCGUGCACCGCAACCACCAGAGCAUUGGAGUGGUGUUCGCAACUGUACCACAUACAACGAGAAACCGUUUCAGAGAAACAUGAUAAUGGGGUUGAUUGAGGGAUCCGAAGAUUGUCUUUACUUGAACGUCUAUGUAAAGAACAUGAAGACAACAAAACCACUGCCCGUCAUGGUCUGGAUCUAUGGCGGGGGCUUUCAGAAGGGUGAAGCCUCCCGCGAUUAUUAUAGCCCAGAUUAUUUUAUGAAGCAACCUGUCGUCCUUGUGACCAUCAACUACAGACUUGGCGCUCUUGGCUUUCUGAGUCUAAAGGAUCCGAAAUUAGAUGUGCCUGGUAAUGCGGGACUUAAGGAUCAGGUGCAGGCUCUUCGAUGGAUUAGUCAGAAUAUUGCCAACUUCAAUGGGGAUCCCAAUAACAUAACGCUGAUGGGUGAGAGCGCUGGUGCCGCCUCCACGCACAUUAUGAUGACAACCGAACAAUCGCGUGGUCUCUUCCACAAGGCCAUAAUGCAAUCGGGCUGUGCCCUGUCCGCCUGGGCCGACACUCCGGAUCACAACUGGGCGUAUCGCCUAGCUCAGCGGAUGGGCUACAAAGGCAGCGAGCUGGAGGCGGAUGUGUUGAGGUUUCUCAGCAAGGCAUCGGCACGACAAAUCGCGUCCCAUGAUCAGGAUGUCAUCACGCAGGAUGAGCUGCGAAGCUUUUACCUGUUCGCCUUUGGACCCGUCGUCGAGCCCUACGAGAGUUCGCAUUGUGUGGUGCCAAAGCCACACAAAGAUAUGCUGGCCAGUGCGUGGGGCAACAGUAUUCCACUUAUCGUGGGCGGCAACUCGUUCGAGGGCCUGUUCUCUUAUCAGCUCGUUCGCAACGAUCCCUGGGUUAUGACUCACUUUGAUAACAUAAUACCCCGUGAAGUGAGCGAGGCCUGUUCCCCAGAACAACUACAGCUGUUGGUUCGCCGGCUGAAGCACUUGUACUUUGGAGAUGAGCAGAGAGAAAGGAUGGAGCUAUUCGAAGCUCUCUCCAUAUUCUCGGAUCGGCAAAUCUGGCAUGAUUUGCAUCGAAUGGUUAUGGCCCGGCUAAAAUAUGCUCCAACCUCAUCCACUUACCUGUAUCGCUUUGACUUUGACUCACCGCACUUCAAUCAAUUCCGUUGGCUCGUCUGUGGUGAUCGUGUACGGGGCGUUUCCCAUGCAGAUGAGUUGUCUUAUCUAUUCUACAAUGUGCUGGCAACGAAACUAAGUAAAUCCUCGCUAGAAUACCGCACCAUUGAGCGAAUGGUGGGCAUGUGGACAGCUUUUGCAGCCAACAGCAAUCCCAACUGCCAGGCCACAGAAUCGGCCAAGUGGACACCUGUGGAGGAGACGCAAAAUGCAGCACACAAUUGCUACAACAUCAGCGAUGAGAUGCAAAUGAUGGCUCUGCCCGAGGCCACAACGCUGGCCGUUUGGGAUACCUUCUAUGACAGGGAGGCUCUCUACUAAUCCAUAUACCCAUUCCAUUUCUACUCAAAAGAUUAUCAAAACAAAUCCAAUACUAUUCUAAGAAAGUGUUUUUUAUGUAGGGUCAUACAUGUACAUUUAAUUAUAUACAAUAGGUAUCUUGUGAUCACAAAGCUCUCCAAUUAAAGUGUAACUAAAUUCUUGUAAACUUAAGUGUUUAGAUUGUACCUGCCCCAAAUCUUUAAAAGAAUAAAGUUUAAUUUUAUAUUUUUCGAA